CAUCUGCCAGCUGGCACAACCAGUUCUGCCCACCCGGUCCAACUCGUACCUAAUGCGGUUUCUGCGGGUUCGAUUACGUGACUCUGCGGUGGCUCGAUCUGGAUUCGGAUUCAGGCAACAGGUCUUCUUUGCCCUAUCGACAUGAUCAUGAUGAAGAACGAUAUCGCGCGUACGAUCAGCCGAUUUUCCAUCCGAGUUGUUCCCUCGUACAACCAUGAUUGCGCCUCAGGAUGAUGAGGAGACUCCUCUUCUGCAACAGCCAAAGCAGUCGAUGGUCAAGACGCCUCUUCCCUGGGAUCAAUUCUGGAUCAUAUUGGUCUUGCAGUUUUCAGAUUCACUCGUUUUUGAGACCCUUUCCCCGUUCACCCCCCAACUGAUCAGAGACAUUGGUGUGACCGGCGGAGACGAGUUCCAGGUUGGAUACUACGUUGGCAUCCUGCGCUCAUCGUACUAUGUCGCUCAAAUAGUGACUAUUCUCUUUUGGAGUCAACUUUCUGAUCGCAUUGGGCGAAAGCCUUUAAUCCUGACUGCUUCGUUCACGAUAGCUAUUAUGAUGUUGUCGUUUGGGCUGUCAAGAACCUUUAUCGGUCUGCUGGCUAGCCGGCUUAUCUGCGGGGCAUUCAAUGGAGAAAACGGUGUCGUCAAAAAUUUGUUGAUGGACAUCACCGACGCAACGAAUUUGCCCAAGGCAUACGGAUAUAUGCCAAUUCCGUGGAUGUCAGCGGCCAUAAUAGGGCCGCUUGCUGGUGGAUCGCUCUCCCGACCCGCCGAUAGAUUCCCCAACAUAUUUGGGCAAUCGGAACUCCUGAAAACCUAUCCGUACCUCUUGUCGUGUGCUGUUCCAGCUGUAUGUGCCUCUAUUGCUUGGCUACUUACAUAUUUCUGUCUCAAGGAGAGCGUUUCUACCAAGGCACCCCUUUGGGAACUGAUCAAGGAAUGGCUCUCGCGACGAUCGCAUGUAAAACCUUCCACGUCAUCGAGCCAUGCUCUGGCCAGCUCUGAGGAGGUCCCGCCGCAGCCGCUUCCGCUACACGCUGUGCUAACUCCAAAGGUCCUGAUCGUCGCAGCAAGCAACGGCACCUUGAUUCUCUAUGGUCUCACGAUCAGAUCGAUCCUACCUAUUUUCUAUGCGACACCGAUUGGACUUGGUGGUCUUUCCCUGGACCCUCCCCGUAUUGGCGCUAUAUUCGCGACAUCAGCUUUCGUCGGCGGCAUAUUCCAGGUACUUUUCUACGACCGUUUGCAUGACCGCUUUGGUGCAUACGUCAUUUAUAUGACUGGCCUUUGCUCCGGCAUACCUGCUGUGAUUUUAUUCCCGGUGAUCAAUGUUCUGGCUCGAGCCCAUGGAAUGGGUUGGCCGGUGUGGUUGGCCAUUACCAUUCAACUUAUACUACUGGCUGUCCUGGAGAUGUGCCAAGCUGGCAUUGGAUUGUUCAUUAGAGCCUCUGCUCCCAAUCGCGCCUCGAUUGGAGCGGCCAAUGGAGUCAUCCAGCUGGUUGGCGGAGUAGCCAGGAUUAUUGGCCCAGUUUGUGGGGCUGCGGUAUUUUCUUAUUCGAUGCAUGAAGGUCGCGAUGCGUGGUUGGCAUACUAUUUCUUUAUGACAAUGGGAUUUAUCGCUAUAGGUACUGCUGUGUUCCUUCCUCGGGAUCCUCGUCUAUGGGAAGAAGAAUGCAGAUAGUAUGACUAUCAGUGACAUACCCUGUAUCUUGUCGUCCACUCCGUUUGUAUUCAUACAGUGCGUUUUCUGUACACUGGUAGAGACAAUCGUAUCCUUGGAGUAUCCUGCUCUUUCAAGUCAGG